AAGUAUCAUUUUAUUUUACGGUCGACUAGUAACAUUAACGUUAAAUUAAGCUAUGAAAUUAUUUCCAUGUAACAUUUUAAUCAUGUUCAGUAUUUCGCUGCUCUUGUCUCUCAUUUGUUUAGUAUAUUAUGACGAAAAUUAUAGUGCAAAAGCGCUUGUUUAUAAACACGGUAAGUUCGAUUCUUCUAAUACAUUUGAAAAAUUCAAGAUAAAUUCUGCAAACGUGAAAAUCGAGGAUGAAAUCUACAGUUGCAUUGGUGUUGAAGAUGAAGAUAAGUUGGAUUGUCAUUCCGAUUUUCCUUCCACUAAAGAGGAAUGUUUAAAUCGAGGAUGUUGCUGGAAUGGCACACGUAACAAUAGUAAAAUUACAGAAGAUGGAGGUUAUCCGACUGGCGUGCCAGAUUGCUAUUUUCCAACGAAUUUCGCCGGUUAUGACGUCAAGUAUAUUAAAGAACACAGAAGAGGAAUUUCGGCAUUGUUAAAGAGGAUUAAGCCUUCUGGUUUUAUAAAGGAUAUACCAAAUGUCAACGUUUCCAUAUAUUUUCAUAGCCAGGAUACGCUAAGAUUACGUGUAACUGAUGCGGAUAAUACACGCUACGAGGUUAAGUUGCCAAACCAUAAUCUAGAUAUUCCCAAUUUAAAUAAACAUUACGAAUUUACGAAACAAUACACAGUUAAUUUGAAAAGUAAUGGAGUACUGUCGAUUACAAGAACGGAAGACAAGCAAGUCAUAUUCCACACUAAUUUAUCAUGGAUGAUAUAUUCAGAUCAAUUAUUACAACUCUCCUCUCGACUUCCAUCACGUUUCAUUUAUGGAUUAGGACAACAUAAAGCUCCUCUACUCAGAAGAGUGAAUUGGAAACGAUUUACCAUAUUUAAUCGCGAUCGACAUCCUAUGAAAGACCACAGCACUUACGGAACUCAUCCAUUUUACUUGGAUUUGGAAGAGAGCGGUAAAAGUCACGGUGUUGUUUUAAUCAAUAGUAACGCAAUGGACAUUAUUCUUCAACCUGCACCGGCCAUCACCUAUCGACCAAUAGGGGGAAUUUUAGAUUUCUUUAUUUUCUUGGGUCCUAAACCGUUAGAUGUCGUACGGCAAUAUACCAGAAUCAUAGGAACUACUUUCAUGCCCCCGUAUUGGAGUUUAGGGUUUCAUCUUUGCAAGUAUAACUACACUACGUUAAAACAUACCAUAGAAGUAUGGAACAGAACUCGAGCGGCAGGAAUACCUUUUGAUACACAAUGGAACGACAUCGAUUAUAUGCACAAAUAUAACGAUUUCACGUAUGAUAAAACAAGGUAUAAAGAUUUGCCAGAAUUUGUCCAAGAACUGCAUAAAGUUGGAAUGCAUUUCAUUCCUAUAGUGGUAAUUGGACAGAAGAAAACUGUUUCCUGA